UCCGUGACCAAUUUAUCAACAACCGACGAAGAAAGGAUUCAAAUGUGACGUGUGUUCAGCAACGCAAACGUAAGUCUGCGAACAACGUUGUGCUUGAAGAACCCUCUCCUUCUAAACAACCCAAGAUGUCCCUGCCUGUUGGAGAAGAUGACCACAGCAUCCAUAGACAUAUACAGUGGAUGAAGCAGGAAGCCAGAGCACGAAAACCAGAUCGCUCCAAGAUGUCGCUACUCAUGAAACUCACUUUCAGUACCAGAAGAGAAAUGGUCACAUCAGGGGGAGCAACUGUAAAAGAAGUUCUCGACGAAUAUCCUUGGCUUGCUAAUGAGGAUGAGAUCUGUGCAGAAUACUCUCGACUCACAGAGACUAACAUCGCAGACAAAGUAAAUUCCGGACUGGGAAAGGUGUCUGAAAGAAUCUAUUACCUAAUCAGAAAUUCAUCGAAAGUUGAGGAUGACAUCAAAGCCUUGAUGAAAGACGUGGACAAAAGCACUGAUGGAUAUUGCACAAAUGUGGCUGUUCACCCUAUUGGUCCCUGA